UCUUUCAGCGACUUCCGGUGCGCGAGCUAUCCUGCGAUAUACGUACUUAUUCGACAAUCCGAGAAUUUCAAAGAUUAUUAUAUUUUAAUAGAGUUGUGAAUUUCGUUCUUAGUUAUAGUAAGUGCAAAAUCAUUAGUGUUGACCGGGAAAGUAUAAGUCUUUCCGCUUUCAGCGGCCGUUUCGCUUAUUUAGCGACCUUUUCAUUGGGCUCUUUGUGCCUCGGCCGUUUGGUCGGCCAUAUUGAUACACCGAAAGUCUUUCUCUGGAAAGAACUUUUAUACAUCCUACAUUUAGGACCCCUGUGACACCUAGAUCCGACUGUGUGUUUGUCAAAAUGGAUUACGAGUCUGAUGACCCUAUUAACUCCUCUCUUCCUGACAAUAAUAACUCAUUACCUACUGAUUCUGAGCCAGUCAAACCUGCAGAAUCAGUAGAAUCUCAGAUUCGCAGUAUAAUUCGGGCUAAAAGACCGAUGUCUUCUGACUCUUCUUAUGAGUCACUGCCAAAAGCGAUUAAAAAGCUAUCCAUUGAAAGGAUGGAUCCACGUAUAAACAAUAAAUAUACGCUUGAUUCCAAGCCGUCUUAUAUAGUUUACAUAGAGAAAAUCGCCGAUUCUCUCUUUUCUGCGGUGCAGAGCUCAGCCAGGGAUCAGGCUGUUACAAAUAAUUACUCGGUCGACCCUGGUAAUGGGAUAUCCGAUAAAACAUCCGACGCUAUGGAUUUCAAUAAUAAGGAUGUUCAAACGGACAAAGAUAAUAGUAAGGAAAAGAAAAAAUCGCCUCCAGGUAUUUACGGUAUCAUCGCCUUCGAGCUGCGACUCCUCCUCCUAGUAUUAUAUACAUGGGGAAAAGGUUUACUUUGGAACCAUUCAUUCAAAGAGUUGUGCGCUGUCAUAGAUGCCAAAGAUACGGACACAACAUAAAAAUUUGUCGCACUUCUGUCUCAAAUGCCAUAUGCCAGAGAUGUGGUAGGCUUAGUACGUCACACAAUGGAAAUACUUGUGACGAGGUCACUCCUUGCUGUAUCAACUGCAAGAGACAUAAGCUGGAUGAUACUGGACAUGAAACUUCUGAUAAUAAAUGUCCAGUUUUUUGUAAACAAAGAGAGAUCAAAAAACUAAUGGCUUACAAUAAUAUCACCCAAAAA